GUUUACAUCUGGGUUUACGUUCUUUCGGAAAAAGCAUGUGCACUCUCUGUUUACGACGUUUACGUCGUGUCUUGCACCUCGAAGAGACGCUUUGACAUCUGCAUUUUAUGUGUAUUUACCUGCGAGUCUCACCUGUUGAGCCUGUUAGCAUUAACGCUUCGAAAUCGUAAGAAUUUUCAGCUUCCUGCCGGUAGAGAAUGCCGAAACAUGACCCGUUUAGCCCGAAGGGCAUCGCGAACAGAAUCAAGUCGAAGGGCCUGCAGAAACUGCGAUGGUACUGCCAGAUGUGCCAAAAGCAGUGUCGAGACGAGAAUGGCUUCAAGUGCCACACGAUGUCGGAGUCGCACCAGCGACAGCUCCUGCUCUUUGCUGAAUGUCCGGGCAAAUAUCUUGGAACAUUCUCCCAAGAAUUUGCCGAAACGUUCUUGGAGCUACUCAAGAGGCGAUUUGGCACCAAGCGAGUGCAUGCCAACCAGGUGUAUCAGGAGUACAUUGCGGACAAGCAGCACUUGCACAUGAAUGCCACCCGCUGGCUCACGCUCACCUCGUUUGUCAAGUGGCUCGGGCGCGAGGGACACUGCACCGUCGACGAGACCGAGAAAGGAUGGUUCAUCACAUACAUAGACCGGGAUCCAGACACCAUUAAAAAACAAGAGUCAUUGGCCAAAAAAGAAAAGCUUGACCUCGAUGACCAGGACCGGCUUGCCAAGUUUAUCGACCGACAGAUCGAGCGCGAUCGUGAGCGGAAGGGAGAGGAGGCUACAGCCACUGACUUCACAGAGCUGAAACGAGAAAAUGAAGAGGAGAAAGUUGUUUUCAAGCUGGCUGCCUCCUCAACAAAACAGCAAGAAGAUGCGGCAAAAAAGGAAUCCCGGAAGGUUAACCCCCUGGAGGUGGCUGCCAAAGCUAGGGAGAAGCACAAGUCACCAUCAUCGUCAUCAUCAACCUACGGCGAUGGUGAGCCGAAGCCCAAAAAACCGGCGAAGCUCUCGGCACUUGACGAGAUCAUGCAGGAGCAGGAGAAGAAGCGGGAGAAGACCAACCGCCGUGCCUACUGGAUCACCCGUGACAUUGUUGUGAAAGUGAUGGCCAAGAAGCUGGGUGAGAAGUACUACAAGAAGAAGGGCGUCGUAGAGGACGUGCAGGACCGGUAUGUGGCUACGGUUCGAAUGCUGGACAGCAAUGAUGUGCUGCGGCUGGACCAGAGUCACUUGGAGACUGUCAUCCCCAACAUUGGGCGCCGAGUCAAGGUUGUCAAUGGUGCCUACCGGGGUCAGGAAGCUACUCUGCUUGAAGUGGACCAGGCAGGCUUCUGUGCAAAACUUCGCCUCGACUCUGGACUCAUCAGCGGCCGCGUUCUUGAGAAAGUUCCAUACGAAGACUUCUCCAAACUUCACGUGCCAUCAUGACAUCUGUGAAAGCAAGAACGCAUGUUUGUUUCCAGUUCUCAGAAUUUUUGCGAAACGCCCAUCUUCUCUCUAUCACCCUUUACAAUACUGUGUGCCGCAGUGAACUUUGGUUAUUUUAACUGUGGUUAAGUGUCAUUGGUAAAAGUGUGAGUGGCAGGAGCCGUGGGCUGAUGUUCUCCACAGAAAGUUUCACUUGGUGGAAAUGGCAUCACCAUUUUGCUUACUAGCCCAGUUUUCUUCUUUUUUUGGGGGGGCUGGGCAAUGGAGGUAAAUAAAUAAGUACAAGAUUACUGCAAUAUCUCGUGUUGCAUAUACAGUCGAUGUCUGAUUGUUCGGACUCCCAAGGGGCCGCGAAAACGUCCAAAAAAAUCAAUGCUUGCCUUUUACUGCCCUAAGGGCACAAAUUGUCGCAGGCACGACCAAAAAUGUAGUGAAGGAUUAUUGUUAUUAUUGUUAUUAUUAUUAUUAUUACUAUUAUUGUUAUUAUUAUUAUUAUUACUAUUAUUGUUAUUAUUAUUAUUAGGCAUAUCGCUGCUCGUGCAGUGACAGGAGAUGGCAGGUGUACAGAUGCAUAAUUAAGAAAUACGCUCUGUAUCCCUGUAUUGAGGCAAAGCGGACUUUUGGGAAGUAGCAACAUGCAAUGCGUUGUGCUUCUCGAGCUUCGAAGCCACUGGCGAGGAAGAUAAAGGCAGAGACGGUGCCCUUGCUGACAGUGGGGAAUUCUUUCAAUCAAAGCACGGCACUGAACUGCAAGAAGCUUAAUAGCGAACGUCGAAGCAGCUAGGCAUAGCCUUACCGCGGUGGUGUCUAUGGCUGCCAGUGGAUCUGCGUGCGAGAGCGGGUUCGAGGUAGUGGGACAAUCAAAAUGGCAGCGGUUAUGGCUUUGAUUAAGGCCGUUUUGGACUGCGGUCACGGCAAAAAAUCUGAAAAGUCGAACGCCAGAGAUUCUUACGUCUGAAAUUUCAGAAAUUCUUAUACAUUGAUUCUAUGGGGUACGGACGUGGGCGUGGUGGUGCCGUGUAGCCAUCCGAAUUAUCUGAAAUGUUCGAAAAAAAUCGGGUGCCCAGAAAAUGAGUCAUUCACUGUAGCCACUAAAUUAAGAGUGAAGCACUAAAUGAAAAUCCUUCAGCUCAUAUGUCUUUUUCUCACAUUUUUUGUAAGGGUGUGCGAAUAUCAAACUUUUUCAUAGGUGUCAAAUACGAAUAUCUAGCUUCGAAUAUCAAAUAAUGAAAGACAGAUGCUUUUAUAACUAAUAAAGUUUUAUUUCACCAUAUAUUUAUGCUGAAAACAAUGUACUAUUAGAACAGAACGUGAGAUUGCACAAGAAAUAUCAAUACAUAGCUGCACAACAGUUGUUGUUGUGAUAGACUACUGACUAGAUUUUCAUAUCAUGAAUGUAUCACACACAAAAUAUCACAGUUUAAAACAAGUGGCAACAAACAUUAAAAGUUGGUAUGCAGAAAGAUGAGUUGUUCCACGUGGUCAGAAAGCAGGCUUUUUGGCCGACACAACUUCCCCUGCCCCAUGAAACGCUCUUUCACUUGGGACCAAGGUGGCUGGUAUUGCCAAGUAUUUAAGGCAAAGCUUGGCCAGACUGGGAUACCUGAAGGAGCCCACAGUCUGCCACCAGCCACGUAGAUCACCGUUUUUUCUUAAUAAUGCCUCCUUGGAAUAAGCAGCAAUUUCCCAUUCCCAUGAAGAAAGUGUUAUUUUUCCCGCUUGACUACUUGCCAGAUCAUCAAAAGCAGCCUAAACAUCACAGGAGGGCUGCACAGGCAGUUUUGGCUCUUGCUUUCUAGCUUCUUGGUUAGUCAUGUCCACAAUAGGACAUAAGGCCAGAUCUUGAAGCACCAGCUCUUUUAACCACAUCAUAUUCUUAAUAAAGGAAAAACAACACAUGCACCCAGAUGUAGCUAAUUGCUCCUAAUUACUUCUGUCCACCUUGUGGGUUUCUGCAGAACUAUUACAUCACAUCAUCUUCUGUUUGUUGGUUUUGAAUAUAUUGUCAACUUGAAACGUGGGUCCAAAGAUACGGCCAAGCAUGCUUCCUUGUCCCGUGCAUGCAAGGGGAAUCUUGCUUUGAUGGGACUAGCCAGUUCUCUAGGGAAUUAAGUGAUGCUGCUGAAGUUGCUGAGACAGUUAAGCAUUCCAAAUAUAAUUGGUACUUGAGCAGAAAGUGACGGAUUUCCUUCUGCACUAGCAAUCGCAGUAGCAUCAUAAAAUGGCUUCACUACUUGACAUAUUCAGAGGGCUCCUUCUAUUCUGCCAUUAAAUUCGAAGCAAGUGCCUCUCACAUCCCCCCCCCUCCCGCAAGCAAGGCCAAAUUAUCGGCAAAGUGGAGGGGGGGGGACGCUAUCCUGAAGCAGCACCAAAAUUCAAAGUGGCGACAACAAUAUUUUCCCGCCAGAAAAAAAAAAUGCGGUGGGCACCGAUUUCAAAUUAUAUUUAACGUAAACUUUAUUAAGCCAAAGAUUCGUUAGUACUGUUCACCACUCUCAAAACCAUCGAAAGAUUCCUCCAAGUUGGUCGAAAAAAAUAAGUUCACAGCAUUCCGCUUGAAGUCCACGGUCAAACGUAUAGCACUAACGGGAGUUCUGAUACAAGUCAAGCGCAUCUGCAGUGCAUGGCUACCGACAGUGAACAGUGAACCGCGGUUCGGCCAUGCUCGCAUUGCAGCUGGCGCCACCGCAAAUAUCACAUUUUUCUUCUUCGUGUGAUAUUAUUGCGAGGAGAGAGUAUAGUGGCAACCACGGUGACAGCAUUGCUGCUUGGAGCGUCGACGGUUCAUUCUAAAGCGCCCUCUGCAAGCAUCUGCCUAGCGAUGAUAUCAGUGGCGAGCGAUCAGCGGCGAUGGAAUGGCGUAGAAAUUUGAAAUUAGGAGUAAAGUUGGGGGACGGGGCUCUUGCACGGGUGGGGGCACUUGCUCGGAAUUUUAUGGUAGUGAGCUUUAGGCCAUCAGUGCUGUUGUUCAAUGUAGCUAGCUCAACAGUGACUAUUGAACUAGCAUCAAGUAUUGGCUGUUCCGUCUGAUUUCCACACCUUGCAGUAGACGAAGGGGGAACCUUGCCUAUACCUUUUUGGCAUUCCUCUAGCCGCUUUUGUGCCAACAAGCUGUGCUUAUGAUGACCAACAAUGUGCCUAGCCUUCUUGCACAAACGACCAAUAGACGGUGCACAGGAUAUUGUGUCAUUGAUAGCAAGCUGCAGUGUGAGUGAAGCACAAACGCUCAGUCCACGGUAGCCUCCUGACCGUGACAUCGAUUUACGUCCAUUAUCAGUCACGAUGUACUUUUGGCACUCAUCGGGUAUCUCCCAUUCAGUGCACAUCUCGUCAGACAAUCCUGCUAUGUUCCCGGUGCUGUGGCUGGCAGCCGUGUGAUAAGUGUUCAGCAUGAGUCGUCUCAUUUGAAAAAUUGUGGUCAAAAGAUGGCAAGUGAAGCCCACGUAACUUUCAUUGGCCCGUGAUGUCCACAUGUCGCAGGUAAAAACAACAGCUGUUAUUACUGCUUCAAAAGCACUGCUGAUUUCGGCUUUCGCCUUCUUCCGUGUGUCGUCGUGCAAACGUGCAUGAAAGUGCAGUGAGCAAUGUUAGGGGGAAGUUCAGAACAGCCUGAGGCAUAAGUUUUUUUAAACCCGCUGUCUUCAACACUGUAAGGCUGUAAAUGAAGCGCUACCAUGGCAGCCACCUUGUUAUGUAGAGUUUGAGUCUUCUUUUCUCUUCUUUUCUGACACCAGCUCAGUGCGGCGCACAAGGUCAUUUAUUGCUGACUCAUCUUUCCGGUGCACACCUGCAGCAAUCUUCCGGUACUCCUUAACAGCAGCCAAAUGCUGCUUCAGACGGUCGGCAAGCGUAGCUGUCAUGCCUGUCGGCAUUUUAAGUUUUGCGCUGCAUGUCAUGCACUGCGCUGUCAAUGACGUUGCCUUCACAAAUCAUUUCCAAAUAGCACUUUUUUUCUCUUCGUUUCGACGUGGUCUCCAGAUUGUUCCUCCAUUUCAGGGAGGGCCUGCCGUAAUCCUCUUCUGCUGCCGUGGCACGUGUCAGCAAAAAUACACAAAAUCGGGUCCUUGUAUCACAGGUGGGCCACAAAGAAAGUCAAAAGAUUGCAUCCGAUUGACGCAACACACAAAAAAGCCUACGAGGCCACCAUGCAGCUAUGUCAAUGUCGAUGAGCCUGGCAAGGCUCAUCGACCCAUGGUGUGGUGUUGUGUGGUGUCGUGUGUACAUGGUACACCAUGGUACACACCACAUACACCGUGGUAGCCACCAUACAGCAACGAAAGCGACUGCAGUGCCCGCACUCAAGUGCAGUCGCCGGGGUCACUCACAGGCCGAAAAAAAUAAAUUGUUGGCUUAUUCAGUAAGGUUCGCAUAAUCGAAUGUCUCCAAAUAUUAUGACAUCCGAAAUUUUUCAUGUACACAAUUUUUGAAGCAAGUGCAAAUAUAACAAAUUUCAUAUUCAAGUAAAAUUUGAGAUAUUUGAAUUUUCGCACUGCCCCAAUUUUUUUCCAAUCCGUAUGAAUGAGGUUCCACCGUAAUACAAGCAUAUUUACCAUUGCUGCAAUUGGUCAUUGCAGCCUGCUCCUGCUGAUUUAUAUAGAAAAACAUUAACAGCGUUCAGUGAUCACACUGGUUGUAAGAAAUGCCAGAAUAUACAGCAUAGUACAUAAAAGGUUAGGCCAGACUCAGCCAUGCAUGCUUUGGAAAACCUAGUGGUUGAAAGAUUUUCCUAGCCUACACUUAUUGUGUCAGUGGCAAGGAAUGACCCCCUUCAUUGCCUAAUGCAAGAGAAACAAAUCCUGCACUUUUAGGGUAACUUGGAGCUUUCAUCUUUCACAUGCCAUUUCCAGGCAACUUGGAACUUUCGCAUCAGCCCAUCAACUCCUAGGAGAUUCAUAUAAGGUGCUGUCUACCCAUCAGAAAAUGCAACGAAGAAGGCUAUGGGCAUUAUAGAUCUUUUCUGACUUAUAGCUUGUACCAUAUGGGUCACUCUUCCUUUCACUGUACAACCACGUAUUAAGCAGCCACUUAAAAACUGGCUGCCUAUUUAGGUGAUAAAUGAGCACAAUUUUUGUUUCACCUAUGAAAAAGUCAGUGCUCUGGCCCUGGCCUGUGCCAUCGCAGUUACCUUCUACUCGUGGGCAUUUAUUUACGGUUACUGUGUUAUUUGGUCCUAUGAGAUCGUUUAGCAUGCAAAAAUAAAAAAUAAGAUUGGAGACUUGUGUGACCUCACAGAAUCAAUCACAACCCAAUUUUUAGUAAAGCUGUAUCUUUCUCGUAGUUGCGAUAAAAAUUUCAGUUGCCUGUAAUUAAAUCACACUUUAAACUGUU